AUGGAACUACCAGGGUUAGGAUUCGAUUUUGAUUCAUCACUGUUCCUUUCAGAGUUGACAAAUAGACCACCUGAAGGGAUUCUAGCCGCACCAUUGGAGGAAGAUAACUUUUUUGAAUGGGAGUGUCUUAUUACUGGUCCGGAGGACACAUGCUUCGCCAAUGGUGUGUUUCCUGCACGAAUUUCGUUCCCACAGGAUUAUCCUCUGAGCCCACCGAAAAUGAGAUUCACCUGCGAUUUGUUCCAUCCCAAUAUCUACCAAGACGGUCGAGUUUGUAUUUCAAUUUUGCACGCUCCUGGCGACGAUCCAACUGGGUAUGAAAGUUCAUCUGAAAGAUGGAGUCCUGUCCAGUCAAUCGAGAAGAUCCUUCUUAGCGUUGUAAGCAUGCUGGCUGAACCGAACGAUGAAUCUCCUGCAAACGUCAAUGCAGCAAAAAUGUGGCGUGAAGAUAGACAACAAUUUGAGAAGAUCGCCGACAACCUCGUGCGGAAAACCCUUUGUCUACCACUGUCGGAGUCAUGA